UAGAUUUCACGUGACUUGGUGUGAGGAUGCCGGAAGUUGCUAGUCAGUCUGGAUGUGUUUCAGCCAUGGCAAAGUUUAUAGUUUUAUUUCUAUUUUCUUUAUUGUGUGCCUGCAGGGCGCAAGUCCCCUUAAUCAUGUGGACCAGUGAUGGGUACACUUUGCCAACCCUUGAGGAACCGACGGCUGGUGAGAUCGUGUCUGGUGCGAAGUUCGAGUCCUAUCUAAAAUCUGCCUUGACAACUUCACCACACACGGUGCUGCUGUUUUUACAGGCCGAGUUGAGCAUGGAUGAUUUCACAGCAUAUGGCGGCGUGUACGGCAACAAGAAAGACAGCGUCUUUGUAAACUUGGAGUCCGCAUUGCAGGCGUCCACGACCAAGGUGCUGCCGUCUCUGGAUUGGACUGCAGCCGAAUCGGUGGAGGAAAUUUUCCAACAACAGCUCGGAGUUCCUGCACUCAGCGUUGUUCCAUCAGAGCUCGGCCAGCUUCAACUGAACACAGCAGAGCCUUCGCUACUGCUCAUCAGGCUCCCAUACACCACUGGUGCCCAAUCAAAAGAGCUUCUUAGAAAAAAUGAUGAGACUAUUGGAAAUGUCCUGACUAUACUGCAAGCUCAGAGUGUGCCUUACACCGCAGUUUACACCGGCCUGAAACCUUCUCAUGUGAUUCAGGACGAGACGUCUAUGGUUUGGGGACUGGCAGGACGCUCGCUGCUCCAGGCACCAUUACAAGCAGAUGGAAAACCUCCAGUGGCUUUCAACAAUACUGAAGGAAAGCCUUGUAUCCUGCUCUGGGCUGAUCAACUGAAACUCCGCUAUGAUAAAGGAAAUGUCUUUGAUUUGGCAUUGCUCACUUUCAAUGGCUCGGCCACCCUGGAAGGUUCUUUCUGUAACGCAAGCGUUGCCAGACUCGUCCUGAAUUACAAAAACGUACUGAAUUUCCGCUCCUUACAGCUGAUCUUCUCGAUGCGCAACAGCUUCUUCCCCGUGUCAGCUCGUUUUUGGUCGGUCAUGGAGCAGGUGGUGCUGAACUACGACGGCCAGACUGCCAUCUUCAACGGCAGCCAUGACAUCUAUAAUCCUGCCGAAUAUUCUUUCCACUGUCAGGAAGUGAGCACAGCACGGAACCCAUUACUGGUGCCACGCAAUAAGGAUGACAGCGCCACCCGCUGGACCGUCCUCUUCACCGACUUCCAGAUCCAGGGCUUUAACGUGACUGGGCCCUUCUCGUAUGCCAACGACUGCGCCAGCUUCUUCACGCCGGGAAUCUGGAUGGGGCUGCUCACCGCUCUGCUCAUGGUUUUCAUCCUCACCUACGGUCUCCACAUGAUCAUGCAGCUGCGCACCAUGGACCGCUUCGACGACCCGAAAGGCCCAAGCAUUUCAGUGCCUCAGAACGAGUAAUUCGAAAGCCAAAGUCAAAUGCCUCUGACUUUUUUUUUUUUCGUGUUUGUUGUGAACUAGCUUAGAAACCUGUUUUCAUUCCAGACGUUCCACAUCGUAGCACUCGCUCACUAUGCGAGAAGUUUAUUUCUCAGUCAGCACUCCUGUUUGUUAGCGCUGCUGUUUUAAGUACGGUUUAUGGUUUAUUUGCUGACCCCCUUUUCUUUUUUUCCCCCCACACAGUUUCCUUCAUUAUGUAAUACUUCCUUGCAUUGCUGGUAAACAAACUCAGCAGGAAGGCUAAACCUGGUAUGAGAUUGAUAGAAAUGUAGUACUUGCUAAAAUGCUAUACAGCGAAUAGUACUGAAGUGCAAAACGUUUUAUUUUUUAUUUUUAUUAUUACUGACGUGUCUUUUUAAAUAACCAAAUUAGCAACAACAAAAGCCUGAAAGGUAUAAACUACCAUAGUGUAGUGCUAAUUCUUCCCUAAAUCUGCUACUUUCUCACUUUUUCUGAACAGAACAAUUUGGUUUGUUCUGUUCUAGGAAAAUUAAGCAAUGAAAAUGAUGGUGAACUGCAUUACCAGUCCAAAAAUAUUCAUAUUUUAUAUACCACCACAUCGUGAUUUUUUUUUUUUCCUUUUACAAAUGUAGUUUUUUUUUUUUUUUUAAUCAGUUUAAAUAUUUUAUAGCAGUACCAAUUUAUUCCCCUGUUGUUUAUUACACAACAAUGCAGCUUGCCCCAUCUCUGAGACACUGCAAAGUGCAAACUCCUCCAUCUUGAACACUCGUUUAAAAAAAUACAUCUUUACCUCAUUUUUUAUAUGAAGCUCUGUCUCUGGAGACUCCUUCCAAAGCUGCUAAAUAUCAUCUUGUUUGGUUUUUUCGCUGUAUUUGGAGUGUCUCCUGUACAAUUAUAGGAAUGAUAAUGAACCAAUGCAUUCAUAAAACCAUGUAAUUUGCCUUUCAACUGACUCGAGUGUCAGUUUUGCUGUCUGAGGAAAUAAUCACGAUCAGAUCAGCAAAAUUAACACCAAUGCGAGGUAAACCAAAUAUUCAACAGUACAUUACUUUACUCUGCGUGCCAAGCAAGGGAUUCGUGUUUAGACACACUCUGAAAAUCCUUUAACAACUCAAAUUUUCAUUUACCAGUUGCAUGCAGAUCUUUGCAGGUUAAAUGCCACUGAGGAUGGAAGCAUUUUGCCGAAUGUUUACAAAAUGGUUAUUGAUGUUUAAAUGCUUUCCAGUGCCAAGAUACUUGUAAACAUUUUUCUCCAAAUUUUUUAAACAAGAAUUACUGUAAAAAUUCUUAUUAAAAGAUUUACUCAAUCUUAAUAUAUAUUUAAUAGUCUAACGAUUUUUAUUUCUUGUUUAUGUUUAUUUCAAUUGUAACUUCAAAAAGUGCCUCCAUCAUCUCUUCCUACUUUCCCUAAAUUGCUGUAUGUGUAAUUUAAACAAGUUUAAAUUUUAGGUGUAUAUUUGUGCCAUUUAAAGUGCGACUAUUACCAAAAAAAAGUGCUUAAGAAAUAAACCUAUUUAUAAACUAAUUCUGACUAUUUCUUUUUACUGAUAAUGGGGAUAAAAAAUCUUUACAUAACAUUCGAAUGACUUCUGUGUCUCGGAUAUGAUCUGACCUUCAGCUAACUCAAAACAGUAAACAAAGACUUUCUAUUUUAACAUGCAACACAUCUAAAUUGAAUGUUACCCAAAUCUCAGGUCGUCAUUUUUAGCACUUGUACUUGUCCUAGGAUAUGAACACAAAAUCCUCUAAAUACUAAUCUCAGUAAAUAUUAGAAACCUGAUCACUCAAGUAAAAUCAGCAUCAUGAAAUAAAAAUGUACAGGUUACCAGAGAAGUCUCUAGUCAUCAACUGCAUAAAAUCCCUUUUAUUGUUGUAUCCUUGCUGCCUGUGUUGUUUUUACUGUCACUAGGAACCUCUAUGUACCUUUAUUGUGUCUUUUACCUGAAAGAGUGCACCUUAAACAGCAGAUUAUGUAUCUUAAUCAUUUUUAACAGUGCGUUGAGAAAGAUGCAUAUUGAAGAUAAUCUCUGUGAAAGAUCCUCUGUGAGUAUGGAAAAGAUGAUCAAGAAAGAAAUUAAGAAACAAGGAAUCGAAGCAAAAACAUACAAAGCAAAGGACAUCCACUUUAUUGUGUAGUGAUGACAUGCUCACACAUGUUAUAAUGCAGAUGUGGCUCAAUAUCCGUAUAAACUUUUUGGAAAGAAUAAUUUGAACUAAGCAAACGUUUUUGGGUAUUACAACAGCCUUACACAUAGCCCAAGCAGACUUCUAACUAUACCAUGAAAACUUUGACACAGCAUGUAUUAUAGAGUGUAAAAAUGGACUCAUUCUUUAGAUUCCUCAGAGAAAUACAAUCUCACGGGUGGAGAAAAUUUUUUUUAUCAUUGAAACCAAAAAGAAGCAAUAGAGGGCCUUUUUGAUUAUAACCACCACACUGCGAUUAGACAACAAGUGCAAUGCAGGAAUUAUUCACUUUUCAUAUUGUGUUUUUUUAUUCUCAGCUGAUUCUUUUUUCUCACUAACAUAACAGGAUCAUUUUCUAUAUAGCAGGUAAUACUGUAUAUUUAAUUUCACAUCGCACAGCUAUGCUUUUCAGUCACUGACAAAGAAAAAAAAAAAAAAAAAAGGUAUCAAAUUUCAUAGUGAGUUUUUUCACCUCCCCCUUACAGUGAGACUGUAUUUCAAACUAGCAUGGAAUCCAUUCCAGAAGGAUUAAAGCAUUCUGUCUAAAAAGACACUCAUUCUGAAAAAGUUACAAACAAACUAAUCAAACAAGUUAAUCAACAAACAGUAGGAUCACAAACUAUAAUAACUGCACACACUGGGGGAAAAAAACCCACCAAAAAAAACACAAUUUAGAUUACUUAUAGAAACUAUAUGCUAGGAUUUAAUGGUAAGCUUAAAAAUUUCAAUUGGGUACAGCAUGAAAAAGAAAAAUUCUUUCAGCCGAGGCAGGAAAAUAUAUACACAGCUGUUCCUGUUAUAUUAACAUCACAAACCUUUACCUUAUUUUUACAUGUAUUUUCUGGUAACAGUCAAUUCUCCAACGCUGUCCUUAAUCUUAUAAAUAUUAUAAAAAAUUAAAUAAAGACUACUAAAUUAUAGUCAGGGAGCUUGCUUGCUAAGUAGCAAGUUGUUUCGUUAAAAUUAUUUUAUUUAGCAGAAUUCAACCACGCUGUGGUUCAACAUGGCACAAAAAAAAAAAAAAAACCACUCUCGUGCGUAGUUUCUAAGCAGCAGGCACAAGUUAUACGGCAUGUGCUCCAAAUUAACAGUGGUAUAUAUUUUUUUAUGUGUAAGUGGAUUUUGUGAACAUGUGUGAAGGUGAAAGCGACCGAUCAGGAUAUUCCGGUUAAUAAAAUGUAUCUGUCGUUUCCUUGUUUCUUCUGUUACUUAGAACACAAGGCAAAAGGUAAGGAUUCUCUCAGGAUAAACAGGAACAGAGCCUAGAUUGCCAGUUUGCAUGAUUAGCUGUUGAUUCCAGCAAAUGGAUAUUAUAUGCAAAGCAGUGAUCAGGACAGAACUUAAAAUUUGCAUUAAUUUGGAUUCUAUUUUAUAUGAACACAAAUCAGUUUGUAUAGUAAUUUUGUUUGAUCAAAUUUGUAGAGAAGAAAAACGUUAGUUAAGAGCACAAAAUGCAUCAUGCUCCUUUUUUUUUUUUUUUUUUUUUUUUUUAAUAAUUCUAACUUCAA